AUGAAUCAGUGUGUUCAUAUACUUUUCUUACUUGUUGUGCUAAUCCUUGUGACUACAACUGCCACCAACCAAUUGGUUGCAGUGGGAAGAGGAGGAGGAGGAGAUGGUAAUGGUGUUAUGAAAAAGUGUUUGGAUAAGGAGAGGCACGCUCUCCUUCAUUUUAAAGCUAGCCUGCAAGAUCCCAUCGGUUGUCUCUAUACGUGGAGAGCUGAAGAAAAUGAUUGUUGCCGGUGGAAAGGAGUCAUGUGUAACAACAACAAAACAGGUCAUGUCACAGGGCUUAAUAUUCGCUUAUGUCUCCUUGAAGGUGAGAUUAGCCAUUCAUUGGUUAACUUAAGCUACUUGAAUCAUCUUGAUCUUUCCGCCAAUUAUUUUAAUGGAACCAUUCCCACCUUCAUUGGUUCCUUGACUCAGUUAAGGUACCUUGAUCUUUCCUUCAAUUAUUUUAAUGGAACCAUUCCCACCUUCAUUGGUUCCUUGACUCAGUUAAGGUACCUUGAUCUUAGCGAUAAUGAUUUUAAUGGAAUCAUUCCCGGAUCAAUUGGUUCCUUGACCGAAUUAAGGCACCUUGACCUUUCAUAUAACUCUCUUUAUGGAACCAUUCCUCAAGAGUUUGGAAACCUCACCAACUUGCAAGGGAUUUCCCUUGGAAACGUUGGAAGAUGUAGAGUCGAAAACAUACAGUGGUUGUCUCAUCUCUCUCAUCUGGAGGAUCUGAGAAUGGAUGGGAUUUCCCUUGCCAAACAAAAUUAUUGGGUAGAUGUGAUUUCAAGUCUCCGGAACCUAUCACAUUUAAGUUUAGAUGGAUGUGAGCUGUCACAGGUCAUGUAUCCAUAUUCUUCUUCAUUUCUCAACUCUUCUUCAUCUUUAUAUUUCCUAAAUCUCAGAAACAACAAUCUCACCUCAUCCAUGUAUCAUUGGUUGUUCCCAUUAACCAGCAAUAAGCUCCAGUACCUUUAUCUCUCUAACAACAUGUUAGAUGGGAUACCCAAAUAUUUUGGUAACAUCUGUAGUUUGACCUUUUUAAAUCUGAAUAACAAUUCUAUGGCUGUUGAAUUUUCUGUUUUUCUGAGCAACUUGUCUGGAUGCACAUCGCUUUCAUUACAAUACUUGCAUGCUUCUCAAAACCAAUUUACAGGGCCACUAUCGGAUGAUAUCCAAACACUCACAAAUCUUACCUAUCUUGAUAUUUCCAAUAAUAGAAUUUCAGACACCAUUCCCAUGGAUAUUUGGUCCAUGUGGCCUUCUCAAUUAACAUAUCUGAAUCUCUCUUCCAACAACAUCAGCGGGAAAGCACCAGAUUUAUCAUCACAUUUUGACAGCAAUUCAGUAAUAGAUCUGAGUUCCAAUAACUUUUAUGGUCCAAUGUCAAAUGUUUCUUCCACUGUAGCAUCGUUAGAUCUUUCCAGAAAUAAAUUCUCUGGAGGAAUCUCAUUUAUAUGCCAAAUUGUCGGUGGGUUUUUAGAAUUUCUUGACCUCUCUGGUAACUUCCUAAGUGGACCACUUCCAAACUGUUUGUGGCAUUUUAAACGACUAGUAGUUCUUAAACUAGAAGACAACAAUCUAUCUGGAAGGCUUCCUCCCUCAAUUGGAUAUUUGAGAGAACUUGAGGUGCUGGAUUUAUACAAGAACAACUUUUCUGGAGAAUUGCCAUUAUCCUUGAAGAAUUGCACGAGUUUAAACUUAAUGAAUUUGGGGGCCAACAAGUUUUCUGGUAAUGUGCCUGUCUGGAUUGGGGAAAAGUUAUCAAGGUUGUAUGUUCUUAUCCUAAGAUCAAACAGCUUCUUUGGAACAAUUCCAUUGCAGUUAUGUCAAUUACCAAAUCUUCAAAUUCUAGACAUGUCAAAGAACCAUCUCAAUGGAACCAUCCCCUCCUGUUUGAGUAAUCUUAGAAGCAUGAUUCAAGGAGGAAAAACUUAUGAAAAUGUGCAUUUCAUGUUGACAAGCGAUCAUGUUGUUCUAAAUGAAUAUGUUGACCAAGCAAUGAUCGAGUGGCAAGGAGAUGAACGUGAAUUCUUCAGAAAUCUGGGAUUGUUGAGGAGCAUUGACCUGUCGAGCAACAAUUUAACAGGUCAAAUCCCAUAUGCGAUUACCAAUCUUUAUGAAUUGAUUUCACUAAACUUAUCGAAGAACUCUCUGCUUGGAGAGAUUCCACUGACAAUUGGCCAGAUGAAACAACUUGAAACUUUGGAUUUAUCUAGAAACAACUUGUCAGGAGAGAUGCCAUCAAGCAUGUCUGAAAUGUGUUUAUUGAAUGACCUAGACGUGUCAUUUAACAACUUGUCAGGGAGAAUCCCAACUAGCACCCAACUCCAGUCCUUUGAACCUUCAAGAUACAAUGGCAACAGACGACUCUGUGGACCCCCCCUUUCCAAAAAAUGUCCAGGAGAUGAAGAAUCAGAAGCAACAUCAGUCAAUGGUAAAAGUGAGGGUGAUGGGGAAGACAUAGAUGAAGUUUGGGGAUGGUUUUAUAUUGGUGGGGCCACUGGUUUUGUCACUGGAUUUUGGAUAGCAUGUGGGGCUUUACUUCUCAAUCGUCAAGAAGGACAUGUUUUUUUUCACUUUUAUGAUGGAUUCAGCGAUUGGGUUUAUGUGAAGGUGGUGGUGUUCAUUGUAAAUUUGCAAAGGGUUAGUUAG